UUUGGUGAUGUGUCUUUUUUAUUAUUAUGAAUGUUUUGUUGUUUUGUAGCCACAAGAAAGUAUAACAACAACAACAACAACAACAGCCAAAGCUAAAACCUGAAUUGAACAGAUUUCUCAUUUCAUGAUUUUCUCAUAUAUAGUUUGUUUAUCUGGUAUUACAAAUCAUUGGAAAAAAAUGCGUGUAUCUGUUUUGGAAAUAUGGGCUCAAUUGGAAAAUGUCACCAAUCUAAAGGUGACAUCACAAUAUGAAUAUCAUAUGAAAUUUAAAUGUAAUAAUUGCGGUACGGAAACAGAAAAUUUCAUGACAUUUUCCGAUGAUAAUAAAGUUCCAUUGAUGGGUGGCAAAUCAUUCGUAAAUCUAAUAUUCAAAUGUAAAACUUGUUCAAGACCAUCAAAUGUUUCUGUUAUCGAAGGAUCAAUACGACCAUAUCUAGCUGAAGAUUCACUUAAUUUUAAACCAUUUGUUGAAUUCGAUUGCCGUGGCUGUGAUCCAUUGCUAUUUGAACCAAUAGAUCAUUUUCAAUGUACAAAUAUGGACAAUACAACAGAAUUCAAUGAAGUUGAUCUAAGCGAAUUGAAUUGGGCCGAUUAUGAUGAACGUUCAAAUGAAUCGGUUGGUAUUUAUGAUUUUAAAUAUCGAUUUACAACGGUAAAAAAAUCAACAAAAUAAUUUCAAUCAUAUUUAUCGAUUGAUUGAUCAAUUCAUCAUCAAAAUGUUUCUUCCUAUAAAUCAUUAAUACCUACUACUACUACUACUACUACUGUGUUUUUAUCAUCAUUCAAAUAUAUAUUUUAUAAACAAAAAACUACAAAGAAUAUUCUCAAAUUUUGUUGCCAACAUUAUCUUAUACAAAUCAUAUUCUGUUAACCAUUUUCUAUUUCCAUCAUCUCUGUUACACACACACACACAUACAAAAGAGAAUUCAUUGGAUAAAUAAAAGACAAAAAAAAUGCUAAAGAAAUUGA